CGUGGGGAAGAACUUCUUCCCUGUGCGAGUGACCGCGCGCUGGGACAGAUUGCCCAGAGUGGGUGCGGAGUCUGCCUCGCUGGGGAUGUUCCAGAACCGUCUGGACGCAGUCCUGUGCCACGUGCGCCGGCAUGGCCGUGCUGCAGCAGGGAGGUGGGACCAGCGGAGGCACAGGGUGCCCUUCCAGCCUGACCCAUCCAGCGGCUCUGUGAGCGGGAGCGCCGGGGAUCCGCGAUGGCAGCGCUGGGCGCUCCCGCCCCGCCCGGGGCCCGCUCCCCUCAGGGACAUUUGGGCGGGAGCCCCGAUCCCCUCAUGGAGGUUUAGGCAGGAUGCACCCGCUCCCCUCAGGGCUCCUCAGCAGCUGAAGGGCGGCCCGGAUGACCCGGGGCUGGGCAGGACUCGCCUCCCUGCCCGCCAGUGGGACCGAGUCAUGAGAGACCUUCGGACAGGCCUUGCCAGCAUAUCCGAGCCCAGGUAUCGCUUCUCAUGCGAUGCCCGGGGACUGCAGGAGCCAGAGGAAAAAGGCGCAGACAGGAGCGGUGAGCGCUGCCCUCGCAGAGCUGCGACAGAACAUUGUGCACUGCUGGGCACGGAGACCAGGAAAGACCUAGAAAGGAUCACCAGCCCAAGCAAGGUCAUAAAGGGGACUGGAGGCUACUCAGAAAGUGCAGGCGAGAUGGAAUGCAGUCUGCUGGAAACACGGCUCGUGCUGACUCAAAAACCGCAGACAGACAGCUCGUGUUGGAGUUGGCCAACAAGAACAGCAGACCAUGCCUUCCAUCAGCAGUGACAGGGCUGCCCUGUGCGCCGGCUGCGGGGGGAAAAUCUCCGACCGUUAUUACCUCCUGGCUGUGGAUAAACAGUGGCACAUGCGCUGCCUGAAGUGCUGUGAAUGUAAACUCAACCUGGAGUCCGAGCUCACCUGCUUCAGCAAGGACGGCAGCAUCUACUGCAAGGAGGACUACUACAGGAGGUUUUCGGUUCAGAGAUGUGCAAGAUGUCACCUGGGGAUUUCUGCCUCCGAGAUGGUCAUGAGGGCCAGGGAUUUGGUAUAUCACUUAAAUUGCUUCACUUGCACCACUUGCAACAAGAUGCUGACCACUGGCGAUCACUUUGGCAUGAAGGACAAUCUGGUGUACUGCCGCCUCCAUUUCGAGACUCUCAUCCAGGGGGAGUACCAGGUGCAUUUCAAUCACUCGGAUGUAGCCGCUGGGAAGGGCCCGGCUUUGGGAGCGGGCUCUGCCAACACUUUGGGACUGCCUUAUUACAACGGCGUGGGGACUGUCCAGAAGGGGAGACCCAGGAAAAGGAAAAGCCCAGGGCCUGGAGCAGAUCUGGCAGCCUACAAUGCAGCUUUGAGCUGCAAUGAGAACGAUGGUGACCACCUGGACAGGGACCAGCAGUACCCCAGCAACCAGAAAACCAAGCGCAUGAGGACGUCCUUCAAACACCACCAGCUGCGGACGAUGAAGUCGUACUUCGCCAUCAACCACAACCCCGACGCCAAGGACUUGAAACAGCUGGCUCAGAAAACUGGCCUCACCAAAAGAGUUCUUCAGGUUUGGUUUCAAAACGCUCGAGCCAAAUUCAGACGGAACCUCUUGCGUCAAGAAAACACAGGGGUGGAUAAGACUUCAGACUCCACACUGCAAGCAGGGACCCCGUCAGGCCCUGCCUCAGAAAUAUCCAAUGCCUCCAUGAGUCCAUCCAGCACUCCCACGACUCUCACGGACUUGACUAACCCCACGAUGCCUACUGUGACCUCCGUCCUGACAUCAGUGCCCGGCAGCCUUGAGGUUCACGAAUCUCGAAGUCCUUCACAGACAACCCUUACAAACCUUUUCUGAUGACUCUUUCUUAAUAAUUUCUUUAAAAAAGAAAUUAUUCUUAGCUGAAAUUCCAAGUGUAUUUUAAUAGAGGCUUUGAGCAACUGACUAACCACAAUUAGGAUCUCUCCUAAAAAAAACAGAAGGAAGUGUAGUGUUCUGGUAUUAUGGAGUACGGACUGAAGAAUAACUUGGAAGAUCUAUUGCAACACAACAUUUGUGUAACUGUACAGUUUUGUGGACUGAGCAAGGGAAACAGCAAUUAAUUUAAGUUGGCUAAAGCUUCUGUAUUUUCAAAGACUGCCAUGUGCCUUAUAUACUGUUUUAUCUACAUUCUUUGGAUUCCAUGUCCACUUCUCUCUUUUUCUCUCUGUAUAUUUAUGACCAGGGCAAAAAUGUUAAAGAGUUUGUUACUUUGGAUAGUCCUAAGCCUUUCAUUGGUUGCUUUGUUGUUUUAGAAUUUUAAGGUCGAAGUCUGUUCGAAUACCAGAAUUUGUAAAAUCUAAUCAGUAAUAAAACCACUUAUGGAAACUACUUGGUAAUGGCUGCAGUUACAUUUAACAUUAGUGUCACAGUCGAGGUAGGCUGAGUGGGUGUAAAAGGGUUAGAAAACUGCACUUCAAACACAAUAUCUGCCUAGGAAAAACCCUAAGUGUGAUGUACACGUUCCUCCCGUUCCUGAAGUGUAUAUGGUGAGAAAUCCAGCUCGUGCAGCAGUCUGGGUAUCUUCAUGGUAGAGAAAUAAAUGUUAGUUGCAGGUAGAAGUUAUCAGAUAAUGUCGAAAUUCAAACAGAAGAACACUCCUGAGUUUUGCUGUGUGGAACAAGCCUGACUUCAGCCAGGGUGAGGGAGCAGGAGGGGCCUGUCCCGUGUCACGGGGGAGGUGAGGGGGGUCCCCCAGCAGGGUGUCCCACAGCCCCUCCCGGACAUGGACACUGGGAAAUCUUUUCCCUGGGGAAAUGGCAGAAGGAUUUCAGGUUAUUUUAGAACAUUGGUGAGCAAAGUCAAGGCAAAACGAUGUUUUAUGAAGUCACAGCCUUACAUUUUUUGUAAUGCUUUGAAGGAAUCAAAAGCCAAGGAAGAAUAUGGUACUACUGACACUAAUAAAAGUGGUUACUCCUUUGAUCAUUAUGGACCUUUCAGUACAAUUGAAUUCCUUCUCCCCAAAAAUCUCUGCAGAAUAUAACUCAUAUUUUGAGUUUUUUCCCUAUUGUUUUUAAGGAUGCUUUUCUGUAAUUAAAGAAAUACCUCAGCAAAGUUUAAACACGGAUAAGAACGAGUCUACACCACGCUGUUUGCCCAGUAGGUUGAGAGGUUUGGAGUGGUCCAUAAAAUGCAGAUGGCUGUUCCUUUUCAGACCUGUUCCAAUCAGUUAUUUCAGUCAGAUGUUGGGGUGUAUGUGGCCAGCUCUCUCAAACUAAUCCCUCAUUCCCACUGGAUCGGAAUUACUAAAAGAUUAUUCCGAAUAAACAGCGAGAGAGGUGCCAAGAUUCGUGUUCUUUGCCCUUCUCAGGGCAUUGAAGAUGAUUUCGCAGGCUGGACUCUCUACUAACAAUGUUUUGGUUUUAAAAGCGCCACAUUUAUUCCACUUUCUGAGCUGAAAAUUUGCCAUUCUUGUGCAAGCCAAAUUCCUGUCGAGAUCAGGGAGAGAUUUCAGAGCAUAAGGACUGUGGGAUAGAAUUGCUGACAUAAUUAGGUCAUUUAUUAACCUUUUUUGUACUUCAGCUUAAAAAGCCCCACAGGUGAGCUAUGGGAAAAGCAAGGUAGUCCUCAAAAGAUGAAAACUGGCUGAGAUCUGUGAGAGGGAUUAAGGUCUGGUCACCAAACCCGAGGGGCUGGCAGAGCCCUUUGAGUUUGUGCACAGUGAUGAGACACUAGAAACGAUCAUUUGGGUUGAAUUAAUAACUGGUACAGGUUUGUCCAGGACAUUUCCCCUCGUAAUCCAAGUGUCUAACAAGGACAUUGUGCUGGUUGCUGGACUGUAACAGAGCACAGAUCUGCCUUUCAAAGCUGUUCUGACCCGGAGAUUCUGCUCUUUGUAACGUUUUGUUCGAUGUCAAUCACCUUGGAGGUUUUAUUUUUUUUUUUUUACGUGCUUAGCUGGAUCUUUUCUUGAUUUCAAAGGCAGUUUUGGUCCACUGUUAAAUGGUUACAGCCCGUAAUUAAACCCCUGUGUGUUAACCUGUAAACAGUUU